AUGCUAUCACGUAGCGCAAUUCGAGCUGCUACCCAAAGCUCUCGCCUUCCCGGCACAGCUCGCACCGCGAGCCUCGCCGCGACCGGCAAAGCUCCAGCUCCAGCUCCAUGCACCAGCAGCAGCUCCACACUCCCCAUCCAGGGCCGCCGGUACAUCUCCAUGUACGGCUACACACAAGCCAAGGCCCUGGUGUACUCGAAGUACGGUGAACCAAAGGAUGUCCUCAGUCUACACAAACACUCUAUCUCCGCACCCCACGGCACCCAGGUGAACCUACGCCUCCUCACCGCACCCAUGAACCCAGCAGACGUCAACCAAAUCCAAGGCGUAUACCCCAGCAAACCACCCUUCGACACCUCCCUCGGCACCGCCGAACCCGCCGCCGUCGGCGGAAACGAGGGCGCCUUCGAGGUAAUCUCCACCGGCGCGGGAGUCAAGAAUCUCUCCAAGGGAGACUGGGUGAUCAUGAAGCGCACGGGCCAGGGUACCUGGCGGACGCACGCACAACUCGACGAGUCCCAGCUCAUCCGCAUCGAGAACAAGGACGGUCUCACCCCGCUGCAGGUUGGUACCGUUAGCGUGAACCCGGUGACUGCGUACCGGAUGAUUCGGGACUAUUGCGAGUGGGAUUGGAUGCGGGCUGGUGAGGAGUGGGUUAUUCAGAACGGGGCGAAUAGCGGUGUUGGACGCGCUGCUAUCCAGCUUUGUCGGGAGUGGGGGAUUAAGUCUUUGAAUGUUGUUCGGGGGCGGAAGACGCCCGAGGAGACCGAGGCGCUGAAGCAGGAGCUUAAGGAUCUCGGUGCUACGGUUGUUGUUACGGAGGAGGAGAUGUUGACGGGUGGAUUUAGGGAUAUGGUUCAUGAGUUUACCCGUCAGGGCCGCGAGCCUAUUCGUCUGGCGCUGAACUGUGUCGGUGGUAAGAAUGCUACGGCUUUGGCGAAGACUCUGGCGCCGGACUCGCAUAUGGUUACUUAUGGUGCCAUGUCGAGACAGCCUGUUGCUCUGCCUUCGGGCUUGUUGAUCUUCAAGAAUUUGACCUUUGAUGGGUUCUGGGUGAGCAAAUGGGGUGAUAAGAACCCGGCGCUGAAGGAGAACACGAUCAAGGAUGUUCUGCAGUUGACUCGUUCUGGUCGGUUCAAGGAUAUCCCCGUUGAUAAUGUGGAGUGGAAGUGGGAUGCCGAGGGGGCGCAGCUUGCAGAGAGUGUCCAGGGUACUCUGGGAGGAUACCGCAGUGGAAAGGGUGUGUUUACCUUUACUGGUGGUGAUGAGUAA